GAAUCCAAAGAAGAAGAAAUCAAAGUUUGGUGAACCGCUCUCUCUCUCUUUCUCACACGGUCGCUUCAAAUCCAAGGGAAAAAAAACCCCAAAAAUCAAAAUCAUAAUCAAAACCCUAAUUUGUAAGUAUUUCUGGGGAUUCGAAGGAUACAAUCAAGAAAAAUGGGGAGGGAAAACCAUCAAAUCCCUUCCUCUGAUAUAGAAAACAACAACAUUCCCAAGAUUGUGAUUCCUCCGUCAUCACAAUCAAGAAAUGAUAAUACGAUACAUCCAGUGUCGAUUGACACGCCGUCGGCAGCCAAUACACCGUCGAGUCAUCAGCAGAUGAUGUUUAGUAAACCGUUUAAGAGUUGGUUUCCGUGGUUGAUUCCGAGUUUUGUUGUGAUUAAUGUGGUUUUGUUUUUUAUUACUAUGUCGAUUAACAAUUGUCCUAAGAAUUCGACUUCUUGUAUUGGGGGGUUUCUGGGGAGGUUUUCGUUUCAGCCGUUUAAAGAGAAUCCACUUCUUGGGCCUACUUCUGAUUCGUUAGAUAAGAUGGGUGCGCUUGAAGUGAAUAAAGUCGUACAUGGGGGUGAAGGAUGGCGGCUUUUUACUUGCAUGUGGUUACACGCUGGGGUGUUCCAUAUACUGGCAAACAUGUUGAGUCUCUUGUUUAUUGGGAUUCGGCUUGAGCAAGAAUUUGGAUUCGUGCGAAUUGGUAUGUUGUACAUCAUUGCUGGCCUGGGAGGGAGUUUGUUGUCUGCUUUGUUUAUCCGAUCGAGUAUUUCGGUUGGUGCAUCUGGUGCGCUCUUUGGAUUAUUAGGAGGGAUGCUCUCUGAACUCAUUACAAACUGGACAAUUUAUGCAAACAAGUUUGCAGCAUUGCUUACCCUUGUGGUUAUCAUAGCCAUCAACUUAGCGGUGGGAAUACUUCCACACGUGGACAACUUUGCACAUAUUGGAGGAUUUGUUUCUGGGUUUCUCGUUGGUUUUGUAUUUCUUAUGCGCCCUCAAUUUGGAUGGGUUAACCAAAGGAAUGUUCCUCACAGAAUUGCUGCUGCUUCCUCUGCUAAAACUAAACACAACACUUAUCAGUAUGUUUUGUGGGUCACUGCCCUAAUCCUCCUAAUAGUUGGGUUCACUGUUGGCCUGGUUUUGCUGUUCCGAGGAUUUGAUGGUAAUAAACACUGUUCGUGGUGUCACUACAUGAGCUGCAUUCCCACUAAAAGAUGGAGCUGCAACAAUGACCCAGUGACCUGCAUGUCAUCCCAGUCAUUGAACCAACUGAACUUGACGUGCUCUAACAAUGGGAAAACCAACAUAUACCAAAUGUCGAAUGCAACCGACAGUCAGAUCAGACAGCUAUGUGCUCAGUUAUGUGGUUGAUGACAUAAAAUCUACAUUCUACUAUACAGGGAAAUACGAUAGUUCACUAUAUCGAGGUAUCAUACAUAUAUGUAGAAGUAGAAGAUGAUGAAGAUGAAGAAACUGCCAUAAGCCUCCUUAUUCAUUUUGGGCUAAUGGGGUUGUUGCUACAUCUGUUCUUUAUUCGUGUAGAGAUAACAAUACAUAUAUUAUUACGCAAUGAGUGUUAAUUCGUUGAAGUCCUCAUACUUCACAGACGGAUUCGCUUUGUGAACCUUAUAUUUGUGAGUGUUCUUCUGUAGUUUGUUAAUAAAUGAUUCAUUUCUUGGCUCCUAA